AUGAUCAAGAAUACAAUUAGGCAGAGACAUUUUCAGAGCCAGAAACCGCAUAAUAUUAGCAUUCAGUUGAAAUCGGAUAAGAAUCCCCAGCUCAGCCGACAGAAGAUCAAAUGGCGGAGAAGACCUAAAAAUGAGGAAAGUUCAAUAGAAAACUCCAAAAUUGCGAAUAAUAAAAUCAGUAGAGACCUUAAGUCUAUUCUUAUGGGCCCCUGUCCUUGUGGCAAGGGAUAUAUCGUAGACCUAAAUGCAAAACCAAUCAGAAUUAUUAGAGGUCUUGUAGAGAGAGUUAAUAAAAUCAACGAAAAAUUCAAAUCUUCAGUAGAGAGGAUGAAUGAGACCAUGAUCAAGCAAAAGAAAAUAUUAAGAGCUAAGCGUAAAUAAGGAACUUGAGUGGGAAGCAACCAAGAACCAGUUUCAUAAGUCCCUUUCCCGUAUUAAGGAAAGUUUCAAUCGAGGUAAAGACAUGCUAAAUGAUGAUCUACAAGAAAUGGAAAUUUGAGUACAAGAAAUUAAAAAGGCUCGAAGAAAACAUGUAAUUAAAAAGGACAUGACUAAAAUGAAUGAGCCUGAGUAUGACUCUGAUCUUAGUGAUUUUGAUAAACAAUUCUUCUCAUCAAGCGGGAGGUUCAAUAUCAACCAAGUAAAAAGUACACUAGAGAACUAUGAUACCACUCAGGUGAACAAUAACAGCAGAAAGAUCCAACCAACAUAUAGCCAGUAUAGCUCUCUAAAUAAGCAAAAUCUGCACAGCAGCAAGAAUGAAGAGUUCAAGAAAUUAGCUAAUAAAACAUGAGACGUAAUAACAUCAUCAGAAUUUAUAUCUGCAAAAGACAGCCAACUUGAAAAGAAGAGCAGUGACGGAGUCCUUGACCAAAAAUCUAGUCUCCAAGGAGAAUCCAUCAAUAUUUCGAAGGAAUUUAAUGAAAACUGUACUGACGAGCUAGAUGAACUCUUUUGAAACGAUGGAAUCGUUCCUGUAGCAGAAGAAAGCCUUCAGGGAAGAAUUAAUGAGACCAACGAACACUGAGAAGAAGUUCUACUCCAGCAGCUACUAAAAAUAGAUAAAAUGGAGAUCGCCUCUGAAAGCAAAACAAACACUCAAGAGCAGGGACGCAGAGAGAACGACGAAAUUGUUAAAAGAAGUCAGAAGCCUCAUAAAGCCCAAGAUGAAAUGAUCCAGAAAAUCAUUCAGAAAAAUGAAGGUUAUGAUAAGGAUAUCAGUAAUCUUGAAAAACAACUCCUUGGAGGGCACAAUGAUGUUAAUACUCAAGAGUUAAUGGAUGCUCAACUUUCGUUCUCAGUUGACCCAAACUUAUCUAAUGAUUCUAAUCUUCCACAAAACGUGCCUAAAUUGGACUCAGAUUUGAAUAACAAAAGUGAAGUUAGUGACUAUAAUAAUCUAAAUUUCUGAAAUCUCCAAGAAACAAAGAAAGAAUCACUAAGCUUUUGUAAUUUGAAGAAAAAGACCUCAAAGAAACUUAGAAGUGGUUCUUUUAAAAAGUAUCAUAAAUCUCCCAAAAAUGGUCCGAAUUCCUCUUCAUUCACACAUCUCAACUACAACACUUCUAACCUAAACCUGACAAUGCCAAACUACCAUACCCAAGACGGCUACUGUCAAAAACCCCAAAACCCCAAAACCCCAAAACCCCAAAACCCCUUAACAAGUGUUUAUUAUUGAAUUUGUCUGCUAAGUAUAGCUCAGUGUAUCAGUCUGAUUCUUUAUGAAUAA